AUAUGAUUCUUGAUCAACAAGUAGGGUCCGGACAGCUCAGUGAAGAUGUUCGCCACAGAGUCCAUGAGGCUUUACUCAAACAGCAUCACCAUCAGAACCAAAAGAAGUUAAGCAAUAGGAUCCCAAUAGUCAGGUCCUUUGCUGACAUUGGCAAGAAACAGUCUGAACCCCAUUCCAUGGACAAAAAUGCAGGUCAGAUUGUUUCUCCACAGUCUGCGCCAACCAGCACUGAAAACAAAAAUGAUGUCAGCCGAGAAAACAGUACUGUUGACUUUAGUAAGGUUGACCUGCAUUUCAUGAAAAAAAUCCCUCCUGGAGCUGAAGCCUCAAACAUUUUGGUUGGUGAGCUUGAAUUCUUGGACCGUGCCGUAGUCGCUUUUGUUAGAUUGUCUCCUGCUAUGUUGCUUUCAGGAUUGGCAGAAGUUCCAAUCCCAUCAAGAUUUUUAUUUAUUCUUCUGGGACCCUCAGGAAAAGGUCAACAGUAUCAUGAGAUUGGCAGAUCAAUUGGAACAUUAAUGACAGAUGAGGUAUUUCAUGAUGUUGCAUAUAAAGCUAAGGAUCGCAGUGACUUAGUUGCUGGAAUUGAUGAGUUUCUUGAUCAAGUGACAGUUCUCCCUCCAGGAGAAUGGGACCCAACAAUUCGCAUAGAACCUCCCAAAAAUGUUCCUUCUCAGGCAGACGUAGAAAGAGAUUCCAGAAAGAGGCUCUUUGGGGGCUUGGUUUUAGAUAUCAAGAGGAAAGUGCCAUUCCUUUUGAGUGACUUCACUGAUGCAUUCAGCCUGCAGUGUCUAGCAUCUUUUCUAUUUCUCUAUUGUGCUUGUAUGUCUCCUGUUAUCACAUUUGGCGGCUUGCUGGGAGAAGCAACAGACGGUCGUAUAAGUGCAAUAGAAUCUUUGUUUGGUGCAUCGAUGACUGGAAUAGCCUACUCAUUGUUUGGUGGGCAACCUCUGACCAUAUUAGGUAGCACAGGACCAGUUUUGGUGUUUGAAAAGAUAUUAUUCAAGUUUUGCAAGGAAUACGAACUGUCUUAUCUUUCUUUGAGAGCGAGCAUUGGUUUAUGGACUGCAAUCCUGUGUCUCAUUCUCGUGGCGACGGAUGCAAGUUCUUUGGUGUGCUACAUAACUCGGUUUACGGAAGAAGCCUUUGCAUCUCUUAUCUGCAUCAUUUUCAUUUAUGAGGCCUUAGAAAAGCUCUACCAUCUCAGAGAAACAUAUCCAAUCAACAUGCAUAAUAACUUGGAACUCCUUACACAAUACUCAUGCAGCUGUGUAGAACCAGAUAACCCAAGCAAUACUACCUUACAAUAUUGGCAGUCAAAAAACGUGUCCUCAUCUGCAAUACCUUGGGCAAAUCUUACUGUGACUGAAUGUAAUAACUGGAAAGGGAUGUUCAUUGGAGAAGCCUGUCUCGAUCAUGGGCCUUAUGUUCCAGAUGUCCUCUUCUGGUCAGUCAUCUUAUUCUUUUCUACAGUCAUACUGUCAUCCACACUGAAACAGUUCAAGACUAGUCGGUAUUUCCCAACCAAGGUACGGUCUGUGAUAAGUGACUUUGCCGUCUUUCUCACCAUCCUAUCAAUGGUGAUAGUUGACUAUUUCCUUGGCAUCCCAUCACCAAAACUUCAGGUUCCAAAUGUUUUUAAGCCUACCAGGGAUGACCGUGGCUGGUUUGUCUCACCCUUGGGUCCCAAUCCUUGGUGGACUAUCCUAGCUGCUCUAAUGCCGGCUCUUCUUUGUACCAUUCUGAUAUUUAUGGACCAACAAAUUACAGCUGUUAUUAUAAACAGAAAAGAACAUAAGCUAAAGAAAGGCUGUGGCUAUCACUUGGACUUGCUGAUGGUGGCCCUCAUGCUUGGCGUGUGUUCGAUCAUGGGCCUGCCUUGGUUUGUGGCUGCCACUGUUCUGUCCAUCUCUCACGUGAACAGCUUAAAGUUGGAAUCUGAGUGUUCAGCUCCAGGAGAGCAGCCUAAAUUUCUUGGCAUUCGCGAGCAACGGGUCACUGGGCUCAUGAUAUUUAUCCUUAUGGGCUGCUCAGUUUUUUUAACCAGAGUGCUUAAAUUUAUUCCCAUGCCAGUACUUUAUGGUGUAUUUCUUUACAUGGGUGCCUCUUCUCUCAAAGGAAUUCAGCUUUUUGACAGAAUCAAGUUAUUCUGGAUGCCUGCCAAACACCAGCCAGACUUCAUCUACCUAAGGCAUGUCCCCCUUCGAAAAGUCCAUCUCUUCACAGUAAUCCAGCUGAGCUGUCUUGUGUUACUAUGGGUUAUUAAAGUUUCAAAAGCUGCCAUUGUAUUUCCAAUGAUGGUCUUGGCAUUGGUGUUUGUCAGAAAACUCAUGGACUUCUUUUUCACCAAACGUGAGUUAAGCUGGCUGGAUGAUUUGAUGCCUGAGAGCAAGAAAAAAAAACUUGAAGAUGCUGAAAAAGAGGAGGAACAAAGUAUGUUAGCAAUGGAAGAGGAAGGAACAGUCCAGUUGCCACUUGAAGGACACUGCAGAGAUGACCCAUCUGUAAUAAAUAUUUCUGAUGAGAUGGCAAAAACAGCUGUAUGGAAGACACUGUUGAUAUCAUCAGAAAAUGCCAAGGACAAGGAGUCCAGCUUUCCUACUAAAAGCACUGAAGGCCGACAAGAGAAGAAAGCUGACUCAGGGAAAGGUGUGGAUCGUGAGACUUGUCUGUGACUUGCUCUUCAGUGUGUUUGUUUUAAAAAAAGCAAGACAAAUGCAGGAGUGCUGCAAUCAUUAAUGUUCCAGAUUUGAUUGCCCCCUUGUACAUCUUGUGCAUCAUCUCACAGUAGCACUGGUAUAAUGUAAGUCGUGCAGUAUGUGCUUCAGUUCAUUGUCUGCUCUUCGGUUCUGGCUGAAGCAAUGCAGAAAAUGGGGGUAGCCAAUGAAACCUUGCUGGGGGUUCCCCAAUUGAAACCCUUUGGAAAUGUGAACCAGUGUUUCCAUUCCAACUACUCUCUGUAGAAUUGGACCUAUUUUCCUACUUUGCCUAUGUGACUUAUUUUCAUAGCUU